UAGCAUUAUUAUUCAUAUAAAUACUCUCAGUGUUUUUGUAUUAGUAUAACAGAGUAGUUGACAGUUGACACAAUCCUUAUAAAUAAUAAAUGCAAAAAUCGAUUCGGCCAUGCGUUUGUUUAUCUUUCUUGUAACCACGUUUGUUUGUGUGACUGCUAACAAUGACGUUCAGUAUAUGAACGUAAAGUCCGUCAAAGGUCAUAGUGGCUAUCGACAAUAUAAUCCGGGAGCAAAAUUACCCAACUUUUAUGGAAAUGGAACACAGGGUUACGGAGGAUACGAUAGACAAAAUAACACACAACAAGGAUACAAUACAACAUAUCAAAGGGAUUAUGAAAUUGGAGUAUGCUAUAUAGAAGUACCGACUGUUAAUUUAGUUCACAGUCAAGGAUAUGUACCUCGUGGUAAUGGUUCACGCCCAGACCUCAGUCGGAUUCGGUCCUGCUGCAAAGGAUACAUAAGAAACAUUCACAACUUCAGAAUUUGUGACCCAGUAUGCACUCAGGAAUGUGUAAAUGCACUUUGCACUGGGCCAGACACUUGUACGUGCUUUCCAGACCAUGUGAAAAACCUGGCUGGUUUCUGUAUCCCAACUUGCCCUAUCGGAUGUCAAAACGGACACUGCAGUGGUGGAGAAUGUCUUUGUAAGGAAGGCUUUAAACUAGAUUCGGAAAGUAAAUAUUGCUUGCCAAAUUGUAGAGAAAACUGUGGUGGAAUCGGAAACUGCACUGCACCCAAUACGUGUGAAUGCAAUAAGGGAUAUCAGUCCAGUCCAGAUGGCAACUGUAAACCAGUAUGUGACACAUGCGUAAAUGGAGACUGUGUCGCUCCCAAUGAAUGCAGGUGCUCACAAGGUUACAGAAAAGAUCAACAAGGAUUAUGUGUUCCACAAUGUACUGAUAACUGUGCGCCGAAUGGAAAAUGUGUAGCCCCGGGCAGAUGUGAAUUUCCUGAAAUUAAAACAACUACCGUAAUAUCGCCUCCAUCUCAACAUCCGUAUAUACCGUUGUACCCAGGAAGUCAGGUCGGUUCCGGUAAUCAGGGAAGACCAAUCAAUCACACGGGAAGUGUAAAUCCAAUGCAGCCAGGAUCUCAGUACUAUCCUGGACAGGCUGAACAAGUCCAACCAGGGUAUGGAGGUUAUCCUGGAUAUCCUAAUCAAAGAUAUCCUGGACAUGGUUAUCCGGGGAAUCAGAGGUAUCCAGGAGGGCAAGGAUAUCCGGUUAACCAGGAAAAUCCAGGAAAUCAAGGUUUACCUGGUAAUCAAGUAAAUCCUGUGGGUAAUGGUUACCCUGGACAACAAGUAAAUCCAGGCAGCCAAGGUAGUCCUGAUAGUCAAACAAAUACAGGAAGUCAUGGGCAUUCUGGUCGUCAUACAUAUCCAGAAAGUCAUGGAUUAUCAGGGAACCAAGAAUAUCCAGGAAGUCACGGAUAUCCUGGGAACCCAAAUCCUGGUGGUCAAGGUUAUCCAGGCAACCAAGAAAUAUCUGGAGGUCAAAGCUACACCGGAAAUCAAAUAUACCCAGGAGGGCCACAAGUAAAUUCCACUAGUCCGAGUACGUACGGACAGCAAGGUUUUAUAGGUUCCCAAGGUCAAACAGGGUACCAGAAUCAGUUAUACCCCGAUAUUCAGCAAUAUAAUCAAGAAUUCCAAUGUUCACAACCCUGCAUUAACGGAUUUUGUGUUGAAGGAAACAGAUGUCAAUGCAACCGAGGUUAUGUUUUAGACAAUACUGACGUUACCGAGACAAGGUGUAUUGCACACUGCCCCGGCGGCUGUCCCAAUGGAAUUUGCUCAGCUCCAAACUUUUGUAUUUGUAAUAUGGGAUAUUAUAAAGAUACAAGCGUAAAAGGCCGACCUCGGUGUGUGAAACGCAAUAAGAGAUCGGUAGCUGACGAGGUACCAAACGUUGCAAAGCUAUUGGUAUUUGAUAUACCUGAAUAUAACGAAGCUUAACAUCGCGUUUAACUAGAACGUAUAAUAAAUUUGUCAUUAAAUA